AAGAAUUCAAGACUUCAUCUGAACCGCCACUCGUCGAACAUACACGCUAAAUCAAUCCGCAUAACGUCGAAAGCCAACUUCUUCAACCAAGCUAUCCUUCGGCACCCACAACCAAGCUCACGACCCAUCGAUCCCCUCCCGAUCCUCCCGACAUCGAAUUCCAAACCACAGCUGCAAACUUCCCUUCCUCCUCCGACACAAUGGGUCUCUUCUCCUCCUUCCAAUCCGAGGAAGCCAAGCGCGCCGAAGAAGUCCGCACAGGCGCCGUCGCCCCGGACCGCAGCGAACGCCGCAAGUGCUGGGAGGCCCGCGACGCAUACUUUGGCUGCCUCGACCGCAACGUCAUCGUCGACGCCCUCAAGGACGACGCCAAAGCCCGCAAGGCGUGUCCCGCCGAGAACCAGGUCUUUGAGCGGGAUUGCGCUGCUGCGUGGGUAAAAUACUUUAAGCAAUGGCGCGUAGCAGACCUCCAAAAGAAGCAGCGCAUAGCCCAGCUCGAAGCCGAAAACGCAAUCAAGAUGGACGUCACCACCACCUUUGCCGACCAGCCCUUAGCCCCCUCCUCCUCCAAGGGACCGACGCCAACAAAGGUUGAUCUGCAGGAUAUGCUCGCCUCGAGGAGGCAGUGAGACGGGGAUCCUUCGAGUUCAAGACAAAGAAACAAUUUCAACAUGAACGGACGAACUAAACAACAAACCCCAGUCGAGUCAGAUUCGGGGUGAAAUGGGAGGAUUCUCCCUCCUCAGCUUCAUUCUGUCUCUGGCCAAUCUGCUCGAUGACGCCGAGUCGUCGGCAACUGUAUAUGGGCCCUUUGAUAUCAGAAAACCCCUCCUUCCUCCAGCCACCAUACGCUGGUGUACAACACUGUGUUUCUAUACACUCCUCUCCUCAGGGGUCCGGCGG